CGCCUGACGCAAGCGCAGUACCAUCCGCGGCGAGGUUAUGAACGCACGUGUACGAAACAUCGAUAAACACUCACAACCACUUAUCGAUAAUAAAAUCGUUUAUCAAUAUGAAUUCAACACCUGUGAACCUAUUGGAGUUAAAUGCGGAAGGAUUUAAGGCGUUUCUUGAUUCUUUCGAUCAUGUGUUCUCGGAUUGCGAUGGAGUGAUAUGGGCCAAGAAAGCAUACCCGAACGUUGGCAAAUUCUUCAGUCUUAUGAAAAAACAUGGAAAGACAGUCAACUUUGCUUCAAACAACAGUCUUCGUAGCAAAGAAAAUUACGAAGAACGCUUUAAAGAAGCUGAAAUCGAGAAUGGAUAUGAGAACCUCACUAUACCCUCCAUAGCAAUAGCUGAAUACUUGAAAUCAGUGAAUUUCAAUAAAAAAGUGUUCAGUGUUUCCUGUGCAGAAACUGUCAAAACGAUCAAGUAAUACGGAUUUGAAUGUAAAGAGGGGCCAGACCUCGGCCCGGACUACUACGAAGACUACGUCCAGUUUUUGAAUGAUGAUCCAGAGAUAGGUGCUGUUGUAUUCGACUGUGAUUUCGCCGUGAACCUACCGAAACUGACCAAAGCAAUUACUUAUCUGAACCGUCCAGAAGUACUCUUCCUCUGUGGAGCUACGGACAGACAUGUAUACUAUAGUUCUGGAGUUAAAAAUAUAGGUACCGGAGUAUUUACAGAUCUAGCAGCUGAAGAAUCAAAUCGUAAACCCAUCGUGUUAGGGAAACCUGGAAAAGGUUUUGGAGAAUGUGUCAUGAAGAGAGCUGGCGUUACAGAUCCUAGUCGAGUUUUAUUUAUUGGUGAUAUGAUAGAACAAGACAUAGGUCUUGGAAGAGCAUGCGGCUUCAAAACUUUACUUAUACUAACUAACGCUUCAGUAGAUACAAUGUUAGCUCACAAAACAAUUCGACCAGACUUUUACGCUGAAUCACUUGGGAGUAUUGUGCCUUUAUUAGAAAAAUAAAUGUUUAAAUGUAGUGUUAUUUAUUUUAAUGGAAUUGUAAAGAAUGAGAGUGUUAAGGAUUACAGGAGAGAUCUGAGCUACCGUAAAUACUAUCGAAUAAGUUUUUGUUGAAAAUUGACGUAUUUUUUAUAAGACGUUAUAGACAGAACUCUUAAGAAACCCCUCUAAUAAUUCGCGAUGUAUGUUGAGGAAAACACGGGUAGCGCGGAUAACAACUAAUUGUUAAAUAAUUGCUUGGUCUAAGGGCACAUUACAAGUAAUACCUUUCGUAAAUAUAUAUUCAGUAUUUUAUAGUGCAAAUACCUAUGAUUGGCACUCAUAAGUUGUAUUCUAUGCGCCAUCAAUUAGGAGGCAACCGGCAUUCGUUUAAUCACUAACACAGAUCAAAUUCCUAAAAUGUAUGCGAUGAUGAUAGUCUACAAGUCACGUGACAGUAGCAUACUUGUCAUUUCAACAUAUUUGAGUGAUAUGAUUAGUGUUGGCACUUGUACAAAAAUCAUUUAUCUACAUGGGUUGAUUGACUCCUCACUCAAAAUUUCCAUACUGAUUAUAAUGUUUACGUCAUGCAUACUUUUUCGAUAGUGUUUCCUUUGAACUUUGCAAGAUUUACAAACCAGGCUUAAGAAUAAGUAGUACAGUGAGCUUCAAAGCUGUGAUUAUGUUAAGUUAGCUUUCAUAGUGUUAUAUGUAAGAAAAAAUGACGCGUAAAUAGUUUCUGACGGGCUACCAAAAAGUCUUAAAGUAAAAUUAUUAUGGUGAUGGAAGAGUGACAGCGCUAUACACGGUGUAGAGCAGCAUCUCUUUUACAUUCCCGCUAUAAUAUUAAUUAGAGACAGCAGUAGAGCCUUUAGAGUCACUGCAAGCUAAAAACUUUUUAUUGACAAUCGAGUAAAACAAUCAUAAAUUUCAUCAAAACCAAAUCGCGAUACUCGUAAUGAGACCGAUUUUACAAGUAGCCGAUACGUCUGUAGUCUGCCAGAAUUCUAUCGCCAAUAUUUAAAAAUGAACUUAUGCAAUGAUGCCAUCCUUAUCAAACCUAUAAAAAGUUAUACUUUGAAAACAUGCUGUCCUGGUCAUUUCAGUUACAAAUGUAGCAUGACAUCAAAGUGUCAUUUUUGAAUACGGGAGUGAUUGUUGUAGUAACGCUUUUUAGGAUAAGAACACUGUUUAAAAUGACGUUAUAUUAUUUGUUUCUAACAAAUGGUUCUAUUAGUGAUAGAUAUGUUGUACCGUAAUUAAAUAAUUCGAUCUCUAAUUUUAGAGAAAACCAUCCAUAGGUGAUAAUAAUUUCAGUGAGUACAUGAAAAAAAACAUAUUUUAUUAGUUUUGUUAGUUGUUCAAUUAUGAUUUAACUUUCAGACUGGGCAAAAAAUUACGAAAUCUUUUGCUAUUGCAAAAUAGUAGAUACACUAUUUAUUUAUUUUUUACUGUACUUAAAACGUAAUUUAUGAAUAUUUUCCACGUAAUUUUAAUUGACUUUUUUUAUACAAAUGAGUAGAACAAACGAUGCGCUUCCGAAUAAUUACAACUCGUCACAAAGCUAUCUCUCCGGCCAAAUGACAUUUCUACUACCGUUAACGUCCAUAAAGAAAUCUAUUUAAAUGUUCAAAUUUAUUAAAAUGUCAUUGAGUCAUUAGACCUGUCAUUCAUGUUAUUUGCCUUAGCCUUAGCAUUUAAACAUUGUAAUACUUAGUUUUUUGUGUCAAUAAAAUUUAUUAUUAUUAUAUUAUUAUUAUUAUUCCCAUAGAUGGGAAGAUUUGGUUUAACGUUAACGAUUGUAUAAUGUGACUUGGCUAGAGGGACUGAUACUUCUAAAUACUUAGAAACAAUUUAACUAUGUGAUCGUAUUUGUGAUAUACAAGCUUCCACAAUUAAUUAUGUACCUCUUCAUAAAAUUAAACUGAUGUGUUAAAUACU